AUGGCGCAGACGACGCAGAAGGACUGGCUGCCAAGAUCUCCACAGAGAACCAAAGAGAUCGAAGCCGUGAACGCCCCGCUUCCCGGCACCAACAGACGGUCAUGGGACCCGGAGGCCCAAAGCCAGCUGGCCAGAGGAAGCGUCUUUGAUGUCAUGAGGCGGAGGAGCGCCGUCCGGAGGAAGAUGCUCUGCCUCUGGUUGCUGCUCAUCGGAUUCGCCCUGGUUGCGCUGGCGCUCUCGGAUCUCUUUAAUCGGGACAGCGACCGCAAUCGUCACAAACCCGGCCCUCCCCGCCAGCCCCUCCAGCGGAUCGCCAGUCCUCCGGAUCUAGAGGUCAUUGUGGACUCCCAUGACCCUGCUUUGGAGCUAGGCGCCGAUUUGACUCCUCUGAAAUCUCUGCAAGAAGACCAGCUGUUAUUCGUCCCAUCCAUACAUGGCACCAAGAGCUCGCCACAGAAAAAGCGGAGUUACAAGAUGCUCCUUCCCGGAGUAAGUAAAGAUACCACCGUACGCGGGCCACCUACGCACGGUGAAAUGGGGAAAGCAGUGCGCCUUCAUCUGGAGGGUUUGGAGAGGGAUAUGGAGCUCAGGGCUUUGCAGCAGUACGGUUUCAAUGAGGUAGUGAGCGAAAGGAUUUCUCUGCAUCGCAGGCUGCCAGAGGCGCGCCAUCCAGAGUGUUUGGGGGAGCAACACAUCGAGUCUCUGCCGUCGGCCAGUGUUGUUAUCUGUUUUAAUGACGAGGCUUGGUCCACUCUCCUACGCACAGUACACAGCGUCCUCGACACUGCACCUAAACAGUAUCUGCAGGAGGUCCUGCUGGUGGACGACCUAAGUCAACAGGGUCACCUGAAGACUGGGCUGAGUGAGUACGUGUCUCAUCUGGAUGGAGUGCGUUUGAUUCGCAGCACCAAACGCCUCGGGGUUGGAGGUUGCCGGACAUUAGGUGCUACCAGGGCUGUUGGGGAGGUGCUGGUGUUCAUGGACUCCCACUGUGAAUGCCAAAAGGGCUGGCUGGAACCGCUGUUGGAGAGAAUUGCCCAGGACAGGACCAGAGUGGUGUCCCCCAUCAUGGAUGUGAUAGACUGGCAGUCCUUUCGGUACAAUGCCACCCAGUGGCCAGUUAGGGGGGUGUUCGACUGGAGACUUGACUUCUUUUGGGAAUCAAAUCCAGAGUUGCAAGAUAAAGACCCAGAGAUGGCUGUCCAACCUCUGCAGAGCCCAGCGUUAGGAGGUGGAGUUGUGGCUAUCGACCGACAUUUCUUCCAGAGCGUGGGAGCCUAUGACCCUGGGAUGGUGCUAUGGGGUGCAGAGCAAAUUGAGCUGUCUAUCCGGGUGUGGUCAUGCGGCGGCUCCAUGGAGGUGGUACCUUGCUCCCGCGUGGGCCACCUCAUUCGCCGCCACCUGCCGUAUCGCUUCCCAGAUCAGGACUUGCUUCAGAGGAACAAGAUCCGGGUUGCUGAAACCUGGAUGGACACGUACAAGAAAAUCUACUACAGAAGGGACACGCUUGCUCAUUUCAUCAGACAGUCUGAAAACCCGAACAUCACGGAGCGUCUGCGGCUGAAGAGGAGUCUGGGCUGUAGGAACUUUCACUGGUUCCUAACUACAGUCUACCCACAGCUUUAUAUCCCCCAGGACAGAACUGCACUGUCAGGAGAGCUGUACAGUGUUGGUACUGGCAGAUGUGCAGACUAUCCCCAAGGUCGGGGACUGCAGGGUGGGGCCAUGGAUGUGGCACCAUGCACUGGGACAGGUAGCCAGUGGCUAGCACAGUCCCGUCGCAGCAAGAAGGUCCUGGGUUCGAGUCCAGUCCGGUCUUUUCUGUGUGGAUUCUUCAUGGGUUCCUCCAGGGUCUCUCCCAAAGACAAGCAUGGGGUCAGGUUAACUGGUGAUGAAUUGCCUUCACACUGA